AUGCUCUUGAUAUGCCUAUGUAAUAGGGGGUGCGGUCAGUGGUGCGACCGGAUACGCAACCAGCAGUGGAGCCGGUGGCGGUGGGCCAUGAGCUGCGGCUACAAAGGUAGCUCGCUCCAGAUGUUCAAUAGCCUAGGUCAUGCUACACAUGACAUCAUCUGGAAGGGAGCGCGCUCCAUCCCUCGAAGGGUACCGGGGCGAAGGUUGCCAUCGGCCACCUCUACCACGACCCCUAGUACUCUUCGGUGGAUAGUAGGGCACGGAUUCCUUCCCAGCUCGGCGGCUCAUAGCCGCAGGCGGCUGGGACCGCCCUGAUGCCUCUCCGGCCGACAUAGCGCUCAGAGUCUCCCGGGGUCGGGAGGGGUCUGGUACCAAAUCCGUCGAUCUCGACGAAGAUGGUGGACUCGUGUCCACUCUAGCUACUCAGAGAGUAGCGGGAUCUAAGGCUUCAUACGAGUGCCGUGAUGAUGGUUGACGUGACUUAGUCGUUGUAUAUUAAAUCACGCAAAUAUAAAAUUUAUAAAACUAGAAAAUACGAAUUUUCAGAUAUUUAGAAGUAUUUCUGAAGAAAUAUAUCAAUUAUAAUUCAAUAAAACUUCCAAAAAUAGUAGUAAUUUUCCAAGUCGAUCACAAGGAUUUAAUAUAAUAUAUGGUAAUUAUUCAGAAUUUUUCUCAAUGAAUACGAUUUUCUAUGAAUUGUAUACUAGGAAAUGAAAAGGAAAUAUAUUUAAAAUUCACGAAAAAGGGAAAUAAGGGUGCGGACGUCAGGAUGACGUCAGCGCCCGGCGAACGCGAAUCGGGCAGAAAUAGAGUUCCGCUCGGCAAUUCUUACGUAAGCGAUUAUAGAUGAUUUAAUUAAUCAAAUUAAGAUCUAUAAAAGCUGGAAGAAUCGUAAUAGAACAAAGUAUAUUUUGGUAAAUUAAAAUCACAAAAAAUAUCACUAAAUGAAGUGUAAAGUAAGUUGGAAGUAGGAAAACAGAGUUCCGGCAUCACGACGGCAAUGCGUCGGCGAUGCACCGGAAUUCUGAGUGUUCGGGAGGAUUGUCGUGCAGUGUCCACGGCCUCGAAGGCUCUCCUUAGACAAGGACGACGUGGGCAAUCUCAAGAUCUUCUCGUAAAGUCUAGAGAUUAAUGAAAUGGGUCGUUGAGUCGUCUCCGGCGGCUGUCACCCGGCAGAGCGGAAAAACGGCGACUUUGCGGCUCUCCUGCGGCUGUCACCCGACGGAAAGGAGCUGGAUGGAGGUGGGGCGCAUGUCAGGGAGCUUCAUCCUCAAGUCCGCGCAGCAAGAGGAGGCUCUUCAUCGCAUCUGGUACGCUCUCAGGAGGUGGCGACUCGUCUCCCGGCAGAUCGUCCUCUUCCCGACGACGGCUUGUUCGUCGAUCAAUCAGAGAUGA